AUGCUAUGGCGGAGGCUCUUUCUGGCCAGGUGGGGUCCCAUCGGGGACGAACUUGACAAUGCUAAGGAGUGGGAGCGGCCUCCCACAUGGAGGGAGCGGUACAUGGAAAGAGACGCACUGGAGCUGCAGGAAGUCUGUGGCUCGGUGUCCGAGUUGAUGCGGCCUUUCUAUGCCCAGAUGACAGCAGCCAAGCGCUCUUUGAGCUUGGGGUUGCAGCACCCAGAGGAUCUGCCGCUUGUGAGCGCGCAGUACACGGGUCAAGUGGUGGCAUGGCGGCGAGCGCGGGGCUUGCCAGCGACUGCGCCUGCGCAUCACACCUGCCAAGGCCGCUGCUCUUACAGCAAGCUGGGUAACAAUGUGUUCGUGUGCGAGCAAUGCGGCUGGGCGCAUCUGUGCGGUGACGCCUGCACUGAGCGCUUCAUGGACCUGAGCUCUGAGCUGCCUGUGUGCCCCAUCAGUGGACGCUGCUUCACCAGGAUGAUGACCUGGGCCGAGGAGGCAAGAGAGAUGGAUGUUCGGGACACAAAGGGCGAGGAAAGCUCCACUGAUCACUUUGAAGACUUCAGCACUGCAGGGAGGCUAGCAAGGGCUUACGUGGAUGGAUACAAUUGCACAAACGAAGAGGAGCUGCGGCGUCUGUGUGGAGUGGCACUGGUGAGGCUUGAGCAGCAGACGCAGGAAGGGGCAGCGAAGGCAUUGGCAGCCCUCCGCUAUGAGGAGCAGUGCGAGGUGCAGCAGCUGUCAGAGCCCGCCAGUGCCCUCAGCUUUUUAGCGCAUGGCACCACGGAUGGAGUCCCCCUGCCAGACCCGGGGGUGGCCUUGCUGGUCGUGCGAAGCAGCUGCCCCAGCAAUACUUCCCUGUCUGUCCAGGUGCUCAAUCGCAGGGCAAUGCAGCGCACCCGGGACAGGCGGCUGCUGCAGGCCCCGGCGCUGGCUCCGGCCCCCGCAAACGCAUCUGGCGUGACCCUCGCACCCGGCUACUUUUUCCCGGUGGCCGAGGUUCUGCCGGCUCCCGGGAUGGCCAUGCCGCCUGGGGCCGGCUCGCCGGGCAAGGCUCCGAGUGCCUUCCCAGGCCUGCUUGUGCUGGGCAACAAGUCCAUAGCGGGGAAUAGCAGCUCCGGGCCGCUGCUGCUGUCGUCAGACCUCCCCGACGCGCCCAUCCCGCCAUUUAUUGUCCCCCCGCCCACCGCCACGGUGCAGUGCUGUUGCUACAACGCCACGUACACCCCAUUCACCACUCCGGCGGGGACGAACACUGGAUGCUGCUGUGGUGCACAGAGCGACUGCUGCCCUUCGACGGGCCUUGCCAUCUGCAAGGGCAAGGGGAACUAUUGUUUCAUCAUUGUCACCGUGUCGUCGGUUGUCAUUGCAUUCGUCUUCUGCCUCGGGUUUGCAUUCUUUUACGCUGCCAGCUGCUCCUCUUUGCCUCACGCAGCAAUUGAGAUGGUCCCCAAGAAGACUGUGGAGCAGUCAGUGGAUAUGGAGGGGCAGUCAAGAGAGUGCCCGGUGUGCUGGGACAAGGUGACGCGCAACGCGCAGUGGAGGCUGUUCAGCUGCCGGCAUGGGACGUGCGAGCAGUGCUACAAGCGCAUCGUUGUGCUGCCAGGCAGCGCUGCCAGCUGCCCCUUGUGUCGAAUGCCCCUUGUGGAACCGCGGCCCAGAGCUCUCCCUGUCAGCGCUGCUGGUUAA